AUGGGCAGUGACGGCAAAUCCAAGAAUUCAGAGGGUCUGAAUCGCCAUGGGCGAGAAAUAUCGUCAUCUCAAGCGAACACAUCAGUUCCCGAUGAAGAACCUCCGCAGUACAGCCCUCCCGAAGUUACAGCAGAAAGCUCAUCCACAGCUGCAACAAGAAGCCAAACAUCCAAUCCAACCACAGGCAGAAUCAUUGCAAUUCCUGCCAUCGCACCUGCGAACGAAUCUCCAUUUCUACGUGCCUACGCACCCAGUUUAGCAGAGCACCGACUACCUAAAGAAUCAUUCAUGAGGUUUCUGGACGAGCUCAACGAAGUCAUGACCACCAGCCCGCCAAUGCAGGUACUGGAUGCAACAGGCGGGAUUCUUCAGUCCAUCCCACUCCUAUUCCCGCUCCAUUGGCUUGGCUCCGCGGUGAGCGGUCUCGCCAAUCUGGGCAGUCACGGGAUCUCAAAAAGUCGCUCCGAUUACACCAUUCGCCAGGCUAACAAAGAGGUUUUUGAGCCAAGAGGACUGACGGUUGGGAUUGCCAAGUUGGAUGCAGUCGCUCACAUUGCCAAGAUUCCUAUUCUGGAUUCCCAGGGCAAGGUCGAUCAGGACGCCCCUCUUGUACGACAACUGGAGGCGCUUUCCGUGACCCGGUCUGAGAUGGCACAAGAGAUCGAUUUACAACUACGCAGAAUUCAACUGUUUCAACCGUGGAUUGCUGAGCUUGAGGUGGACGCUGCUCUUCCGUGGAGUCAGAAGUCUAGAUUGACUCGUUUCAAUGCGGCGCUGAAGAAGAGGAACGAGGAGGCUCGAAAUCGAGGUCAAGAGCCAGCCAAGGACGAGGAGGAAUUUGAACUUCGAAAGGCACUUUGGCUUGUGAUUCAGGAAGUGGAUGAGAAUGUAGCGGGUUCGUCAUCGAGAAAUUGA